AUGAGCACGGCACCAGCACGCGCCGCGCCACCACCCCCGCCCACCGAGAACGGAGACGGCGCCUCGCCUCGGGAGCGUCUCUUCGCAGCCGCUAAGACGGACAACGAGGACCUGCUGCUGAGCGCACUCGAUCAGCUCUUGAGCGUCAACGCUCAGGACGGUCUCGGCAACACUGCUCUUCACUACGCCGUCAUCCACGGCUCCACGGACGUGUUGGAGCACAUCGUUGACCACGACUCUUGUGAACCCGACAUCCCUAAUAACCUCGACGGCGAAACCCCUCUGCACAUCGCAGUACGGCAGCGCUGGGAGGACCAGCCGGGCGUGCGGUUGUAUAUUGUGGGCACGCUCCUCGAGGGCGGCGCGAACAUGCUCAUAAAGAAUCGCCACGGCGAGCGCCCCAUCGACCUUCUUCCUCCGUACCGUGAGGGCGCGGACCCUAACUCGGACGAUGAGAAGGUCCGCGCAAUGAUCCGGCGCGCGCAGGCUGAGGCGCAGCUUGGGGCUGAUGAGGACAUCGCCAGGGACUACGACGACGACGACAUGUACGACCCCAACGAUGUUGCGUCCGACUCGGAUUAG